UUUAAAAUAACAGAAAAGAUAAAUCCCGAGACAUUAAAAUGCUUUAUUAUAUGACAUAACCACAUUGCGAGAUUACAAACAUCUUGCUUUUAAGAAUAAAACCAUAAAAACCGAUUAAAACAUUUUACCCUUCACCUACUAGUAUUCGCAUUUAGUUUUACAGAAACUUUGCAAUGGAUAGGAACUUUGUUUUGUGUAGCACUAUUGUUUGUUGUGUUGUGUUGAUGGUUGCCGUCUUACCGUCCGUAGCUGAUGAAUGUAGUGGGGAUAGUUGUAGAAAUGUGAUUUCAAUGCCGUUGGUGGAUGACAUGAAAGCUACAUUAAAGGCUGAUUUAGAUGUUACAAAUAUGAACAAUCAUUUGAAGGCCUACAUCGAACAAGAGAUACAGAAGGGUUUUGAAGCAGCCAUGAACGAUGUCAUGAGACAGCUGAUUGAUAAGAAACUGGAAAUGGUUAAUGCAACAAUAGAAGCGACGAUGCAUGAAGAGAUUUAUAACAAACUGGCUAUGGUCAAUGCUACAGUAGAGGCAACGAUGCACGAAGAACUUACACGAUUUGGCGUUACCUAUAUCAGAUGGGGAAGAAAAGGUUGUCCUGAUGGUGCUGAACUAGUAUAUACAGGCCAAGCUGGUGGUAACAAAUACAAUAAUGAAGGCGGUGGUGUUAAUAAUCUUUGUCUUCCAAAUGAUCCAGAAAAUGGAGAACACCAGCUAUACGACAAUUCUCAGGUUCAUGGUGCUGAAUAUUAUAUAAAUUCAGAUAGGAAACCACAUGGAAUGUCGGACAAUUUGAGAUAUAAAGAGGUGCCAUGUGUUGUCUGCUACAGGAAGCAGAGGUCUUCUAUACUUAUAGUCCCUGGCAGAAAAACCUGCUAUAAAGACUGGAAUGUUGAAUAUGAAGGAUACUUAAUGGCCAAUCAUUACAUCCAAAAAAGGACUAAUUACGCAUGUAUUGAUGUAAAUGCCGAACCAUUCGACAGUAGAUCAUCCCAUGAAAGUAAUAGUGUUCUCUUCUAUCCAAUAAGAACCAGCUGUGGUAGUUUGAGAUGUCCCCCAUACACCGAAGCGGCAGACGUUUAUUGUGUGGUAUGCACCAAGUAA